AUGCCGAUCGUGCAGGGCUACGUCGGCGAGGAGCGCAUCGUGCGGCUCACGAACAAGGAGACGCUGCGGCGGCUGCUUAUUGAGAUGUUCCCCAAGAUUGCCGACGGCGCGUGGCGCGCGCUCGGCGAGGUGGGCGAGCGCGUGCGCGACAUUGGCAUGGGCUGCCUCGUGCUGCGGCUCGAGCCCGACGGCACGCCCGACGGCUUCACCGAGCGCAUGGCGCUGCCGCUGUGGAAGAGCCUGCACUCGCUCAACCUCAUGCUGCCCAAGGAGGACCGCUCGGCCAUGCUGCUGCGCCUCUUCAACGACACGACGCCGCUCGUCAACCUGGCGCUCACCAAGGAGAAGCAGGCGCAGGUGCAGCAGCAGCAGCAGCAGCAGCAGCAGCAGCAGCAGCAGAACGAGACGCAGGAGACGGAGACGCAGGAGAACGGAGACGAGGCGGCGAUGGAUGAGGCGAUUGAGGAUGCGCCCACGCCGGGCAGCGACUAG